GAUGCCUCUUUGCAAGUCAACUCGUGUGCUCUCUAGAUGAUAGAGGUGCCUGGAGCUGAAAUAUUAUCGCUGUAUUGUAUUGGAGAACGUGGUGUGACAGCCCCCGGGCGCAGCAAAUGGCCUGCUUCGUAUCGCCACACUGACGGAGAGAGUGUCGCCACAUUGGCGUUCAAGCUGGCAGGGCGACACAAAAUCAACUUUGUCUAUUUUUAAUGGACACGCUUCGAGCGACAGCGGCGGCGGGCGGUUUGUUUUCCUUUCGUCUUUAUCUGUAGCCUGCCCUGCCUGUGUGAGCCCCCCUCGUGUGUCCCUCUGCUCGUCUGGCUACCUCCUACUCGUCCACUCACAGUCCCAUUUACAACAGCAUGGUCAUGGCUGACAGUGUCCAAAAACCGAUGAUCCGAGGUCCGGUCCGAGUGGGCUUCUACGACAUCGAGCGCACUUUAGGAAAGGGCAAUUUCGCGGUGGUAAAGCUGGCUCGACACCGCAUAACUAAGACCGAGGUUGCCAUUAAGAUCAUCGACAAGACCCAACUGGAUGCUGUCAAUCUGGAGAAGAUCUACAGAGAAGUUCAGAUCAUGAAGAUGCUGGACCACCCGCACAUCAUAAAGCUCUACCAGGUGAUGGAGACAAAGAACAUGCUUUACUUAGUCACGGAGUAUGCCAAGAAUGGGGAGAUCUUUGACUACCUGGCAAAGCACGGCCGCCUCAGUGAACUGGAGGCCAGGAGGAAGUUUUGGCAGAUCCUGUCGGCGGUGGAAUAUUGUCACAACCGCAACAUCGUCCACAGGGACCUGAAGGCAGAGAAUCUGCUGCUGGACGGCCAUAUGAACAUCAAAAUUGCAGAUUUUGGAUUUGGGAACUUCUUCCAGCCCGGGGAGCCUCUGGCCACAUGGUGCGGCAGCCCACCCUACGCUGCUCCCGAGGUCUUCGAGGGCCAACAGUAUGAGGGCCCGCAGCUGGACAUCUGGAGUAUGGGGGUGGUGCUGUAUGUGCUGGUGUGUGGUGCGUUACCCUUUGAUGGGCCCACUUUGCCGGUGCUCCGACAGCGAGUCCUAGAAGGAAGGUUUCGGAUCCCCUACUUCAUGACUGAAGACUGUGAGCAUCUGAUCCGCAGGAUGUUGGUUCUGGAUCCAUCAAAGCGCCUGUCUGUGGCCCAGAUCAAAGAGCACAAGUGGAUGACUCUAGAUGUUCCAGUGCAGCGGCCUGUUCUGUACCAACAGCCAGUGUCUACCGAGGGCGAGGGCGGCGUGGGGGAGUACAGCGAGCAGGUCCUUCGGCUGAUGCACAGCCUUGGCAUUGAUCAGCACAAGACUAUAGAGUCUUUGCAGAACAAAAGCUACAACCACUUUGCUGCUAUCUAUUACCUGCUGGUGGAGCGGCUCAAGGCCCAUCGCUGCAGCUUCCCCGUCGAACAGAGGCUCGACGCCCGCCAACGACGGCCCAGCACCAUCGCAGAGCAGACCGUCGUCAAGUCAACCAGUGGUUCAGCCCAGGUGGGUUUGCUCCCACAGGGCGUUCGCCUGUUGCGAUCCCCUGCUGUGCCCCAAACCUCUUCCGAUGCUUUCACUUUCCCUCAGACUGCAUGUCCUCUGGAGCAGAAUUUUAUGGUGGAGGACGUCAACACACCCAAAGUGAACGGCUGCCUGCUGGACCCCCUGCCUCCCCCCACUGUCCUCCGCAAGUCCUCUACCUCGUCGCCUAGCAACAUGAUGGAGACAUCGAUCGAUGAGGGCAUUGAGACCGAGGAGCCCGACACAGACGAUGAUCCAACCCACAUGCUCUCGGCCUAUCAGACGACCCGUUUUGGCCAACGGCGACACACCCUCUCUGAGGUCACCAACCAGCCAGGGACUUCAAAUCAAGGUAAAUUAUUUGCUCUAGGACACAACCCCUCUAUGGGUAGCAUGGACUCUGACAUGGGCUAUGACAUGGGCUCCAUGCAUAGUGACGUCAGUCUACUGGAGGACGCCCCGUCUCUUAGUGAAGUGGUACCGACCAACAGCUCUGCUUCUGGCGUCACCGCGACGCCUUUCUUGAGCGCUCGGCCUGCCAACCCAGCAAUGGCCGCCCUGACCUCUCAGCACAGGGAGACGCACAACCGCUCACCCAUUAGCUUCAGAGAAGGACGCCGGGCUUCCGACACCUCGCUCACCCAAGGUUUGGUUGCGUUCCGGCAGCACCUACAGAACUUGGCGAGGACCAAAGGCAUCCUGGAGCUGAACAAAGUCCAGAUGCUAGUGGAGCAGAUGGGCUCUGGGGAAGGGGCUGUCAUGGGCCCCCUGGGACCACAGCACCACUUGCACAACCUCCUGGAGGGUGAAGCAUCCAAGCAGCAGGAGGGCCUAGCUUUAUACCAAGGUGGGCCGCAGCCACCUCUCCUGUCCCGCAGGCAGAGUUUGGAGACACAGUACCUCACUCAUAGGCUACAGGCCAGCGUCUUGGUUAACAGUCCUGCUAGCUGCCAACAUUUCUGUAAGGAGAAUCCUCGAAGUUUAGAGCAACAGCUACAGGAGCACAGACUGCACCAGAAGAGGAUGUAUCUGCAGCAGUCACAGGGCAUGGGGCUGCCGGUCUACUUCAACCAGAUGCAGAUAGCUGAAGGCUCCUACCCAACAGGGGUCCCUGCUCUGGAUCCAUCAGCAUCACAAAACCCUCAGGGUCCCCCCAUGUCAGCUGCCCACCAACCUCAGCCUCAGCAGCAGGGCAGCCCCCAGGCCUCGCCACCCUUCAGCCACCCCCAUAGCCUCAGCCCCCUGAUGGAACCAGGGGAGGGGCUCGUUUAUGACCCCUACAUGAGCCACCACCACUACACCCAACACAUGCCCCCUGGAUCUCAUCUCCACCACCACCUCCACCAUGACGCCUCCCCCAGCGGCCUGGGCUACAGCUACCCUACAGGCUGUGAGCAGCAGGUCCUGGGCCCUUCCACUGAGGCCCUUCAUUCAGAGCAGUAUGAGUUCCCACUGGACCCCUGCCUGCUGCCCCCACCUGCUCCAGGAGAGGCUGAGGCAGGAGCUGUGGCCAGGGCUUUUGUUUGUCCAGGGCCAUCAGAGAACCUGGGUCUACCUGAGCUCCAGAGCAACCUCCUGGACAGUGAGAUGAUGGAGACGGUGGACUCCCAGCAUGGCUUUGUACUGGUCAACUGAAACCAGCUGAGGGGGUUGACAGAAAGCAGUAUUAAGCAAUGAGAACCUACACAGCAUUAAGAGCAGAGAGAGUGGAGAUAAAAGUGGAGGCCACAAGCGUAGCAACAGGGAAGGGAAAGGGUUAAUUUUUGUACGACUAAUACAAACUCCUUUUCUUAGUUGUGAUGAACCUCAGAAAACCUUUCUACCAAAAUCCUCCCUUAGACUACCUCCCUUUCUCCCUCUCCUCCUCUGUACUUGUUCUCAUCAGUCCUACGAGACAGGAACAGGUCCGAUAAGUGGCACAAGUUGAGCUUCGCCGGGCUGAGAAGGCGGAGUUGCUGUUGUCACGGAUGUUGUGUCACCUGUGAGAUGAUGAGCUCUUCAGGACUGCGCCGUGCAACCCGGGGAACAUGCUGCACAUCCUGGAGGGUGCCAGAGUGCAGCAUUUCACCUAGAAAUGGUUUGGAAGUGAACUAAUUUAGGACUGACUGACUGGCAACCAAAAGCACAAUGGCUGGCAGUGCUUUUUGUAUUUAAAAUAGGACACCUUCAACAACAAUAGACUGGUUCUCAAAACACUUUUGUGCAUUUUUUUUUAUUUCAGUAGAAAAAAAAAACAACUGAACAAGAGAAAAUAGCCCUCAUUUAUCAUGGUACCAUGGAUAUCACCACAUAUUCAAGUGUUAAAAGUGUUAGUAAGAAACUGAUCUUGUCCAGUUUAUAGAAAAUUGUUUUACCCACUACUGUGAGCGCACAGGCUGACAUGAUGGUCAUAUUUAUAGGUGCACAGGUUUCAACACUAACAUACAUAGUAUUUGACAGCGCCCUCCCCUAAAAAAUAACUUGCCUAAACCGAUACAUGCUGAAGAUGGUGAUUAAUGCACCAUUUGUGGAGCUUGAGCUACAUUUGUGCUUUAAACAGUCAUAAACUCUCUAUGAGAUCAUUUAGUUAAAAGACUAGAUAAUAUAACAGCUAUAACGCAGCAGGCUUUGGUGUUGGCUAUGUGACGUAAAUAAUACAGUUUCCUCUGUUUGUUUUCAGUGUUUUUUGUAACUUGUAACUACUGAUCCUGAUUUAUUUCUUACACUACUGAAAUGCUUUUCCACCUUUCCAUCUGAUUGCACACACCCGGCAGGCGUCAUUAUACUCAUGCAGCCAAUAAGAUGAGGACAAUUACCAGCUUUCGCAGGUGAAAACGGCCACACGUCUGUUUAACAGUUGAAUUGUGGGUCAUGCAUUUGCCAGAUAAAUGAGGGCUGAUGUAAUUAACAUGUGUUUGGUUGAGAAGUUGCCGUGUUAGACAGUCGAUAUUAUUCUAUUUUUGUGGCAAUACUGAAGCAAUAUUAAUCCUUGAUGUUUGGGGAUUAUGAAUGGAAGCCUCACCUGUACAGCCAGCUCUGAUUGGUUCCCGGGACCUCUGAGUCGUCAGCAGUGACAUCACUGGAGUUGAUGAUGUAACCAGGAGAUAAUCUCUCACUUGCCCUGCUAGUGAAGGGACGAGCCUGGAGACGUGUGUGUGUGAGUGUGUGUGUGUGUGUGUGAGUGCGUGCGUGCGUGCGUGCAUACGUGCGUGCGUGCGUGCAUACGUGCGUGCACAAUUCAGAAUUUUCAAUUUUCUGCAUCCAUCACAUUAUUAGUGCAUCAUAUCCAUCAUUACUGACAAAGACAAACACUGUAUUGACUCUAGUCUCCAUUCAAAAUAACUCAACCUGUGCACAGUUGUAGCUUUUUUGGUGACUGCUUAGUUCUGGUUUACAUCCUCAAUGCUCCAGUCAUGCCUCUGUGUUGUUUUAAUGAUCAAUAAUGUUUAUAAUAAUGAAAUUACCCUCUAAAAAUUCCCUUCAUAAGACUUCAUGAAAGAAUGUUUCCUCUCUGACGUUGGGGCUGCAGUCACCUGACACUGGAUUUCAACUAUUGACCAACGCUCUUUGACUGACAGCAGCCAGCAACAAGAUGAGGGAUUUAUUUUGUUGUUAUUGUUUUACACCUGAAGGUGCAGUAUGUAAAAUUUGGUGGCAUCUUGGCAGACAUACUUGGCAGAAAUUGAAUAUAACAUUCAUAGUAUGUUUCAAUUGUCAUAUGAUCACCUGAAAAUAAGAAUAGUUGUGUUUUUGUAACCUUUGACUGAACCCUUUAUAUCUACAUAGGGAGCAGGUCCUCUUCCACAGAGGCUGCCAUUAUGCAUCACCAUGUUUCUACAGCAGCCCAGAACGGACAAACCUAACACUGCAAUUUGCAACCCUAACCACUGGAUGCCACUAAAUCUUACACACUGGUCCUUUAAGACUGUGUUGAAUCCACUUGAAGCACACAGAUGUAUCUUCUCUGGCAGUUGAUGAUGAUGAUUUUUUAAAAACUAUUUUUCAUUAAAAUAACAGGACGGCGAACGUCAUAGGGUUGAGAUGAGAUUAUAAGACCAUGACCAUCUGCCAGACUGCGUGACCCUGAGUGGUCGUGAGUUAAAUAUGUAGGACUAUGUGUAGUCACAUUAGCCUUCAGACAAGACAGUCAGGCUCAGUCUGUAGCCUCAACUGAGCAGAUGUUUUAUAGAGUUCACAGUCAGAGUACAGAGUGGUUUGGCCAGUACUCUUUAUAGCAGCAGUUACCAGCUGUAAUGAUGGCUACAACAUAUGGACCAACUGUGGUUGCAGCCCCUGUGCAUGACUUAAAGGCAAAAUCCACCCUAAACACUUUUUAACAGUGUUGCAAAACAGAUCAUUUUCACUUAUUAUUAACCUGAUGAUUAUUUUGAUUGAUCUUUUGGUCUGUACAAUGUCAAAAAAACAAACAAGCUUGCGCUUGUUUUAUCUGACCAACAGUCCAAACCUGAAAAUAUUCAAUUUAGUCUCCCAGAAGAUCAAGAAAAAGGGUAAAUAUUCACUUUUUAAAAUAACUUGCAAGGACUGAUCUAUUAUCAAAAUUGUUGCAGAAUUAUUUCUUUCUGUUCAUUGAUUAAUCGACUAAUCAUUUCAUUUCAACAAAUUAACAAUGCUAGCUAUACAUAGUGUGUUCCUGAGCCUCUCUUGUUCUUCAUGAGUUCACCUUUUUUUUCCUGGGUAAAACUGUCCAGUAUGACAUCAUGUUGAGAUAUUUCUGGCCUUACAUCCAUCUUACAUCAACACCAAAACCUGAGUUUUGGUGUGUGAGAAAAGGCUUAAAGAGUCAGUGUUGAACUCUUCGACUUUUAACAAUCAAACAGAUGUACUCCAGCAACAAUGGCCUCAAUAGAACAGAAUGCACUUCAACCACAAGACAUGUUGCAAAACAGGUCUUGUGGUUGCAUUAAUAGUUCCACCCAUAAAUGUACAAACCAGUUGGAGAGCUGGAUAUGUUUAUAUGGCCAUACGCCCACGUUUUAUUGACAGGAAUCAGGUCACGCCCAGUUUGUGGGUCAUGUUGAGAAUGUCUUUUUGAAAGACAAUGAACCACUCGAGAACAAGAGUAUGAGGCAGCUUUAACUUAAAAUAAUAAUUCUUGAGUUUACAGAACAUUUAAUUGUUGAUACAUGACAGUGCAAGGGUAUUUAAGGGUGGAUUUCGCCUUAAGUGAAUAUUUUGAUGAUUGUUUUCUUUUCAUUGUUAAUGGUCAGGCUAGAACACCUACAGGAUGAUCUGUGGAAAUUGAAUACUGGAGCACUUUGACAACCAAGGGAAGAAGAGAUGUAGCGAGAGAGGAGGCGAUGGUGUUCGAGGUGGAAAAGGUUUUGUAUCGCUCUGCUGUUUCCUGGCAGAUGAAACAAACUGUAAUCUGUAGGAAACACCUUUUCUCCUCUCUCUUCCCCACCAAUAAUGGGUUCAAAACAAAUUUCUUUCAAAGAAACACCAGACAAAGUAACACUUUAUCUGAUUGUUGAUUUAAUCCAAGAAAGAGAGCAACACUUUUCUGUUCAUGACAAGUGUUUCUUUGUACAAAUUAGGGGUGUAGUGAAUCCUCAGUGUACGCUCAAGUUGCACCUAGGAUAAUUUUUGUGUUGAACGUGAAUAGUGUUCAGUGUGCCUUUUUACUUUUCGUAUUUCAAUCUAAAUUAAGACUAUGAAUAGUACCAUGAUUUCUGGUUGGACCCUUUUAUCAUUUAUUUUAUUAUGAUUACUUAUGAUUACUUUUCUUUUCCUGAAAGUAAGUAGAGCCAGGUUUUUACAAAGGUACAAAACCAAAGUCCCUCAGAAGUUUCCCUGUAUGACCCACCGUGUGGAGUUUUGGAGCUUCUUUGUCAGCUUCUCUACCCUGCUUUUUCUUGUUGGUCAAUCAGUGUAUGCCAUUUAAAAGUAUUAUAGCAAUAUUUCUCUAGUUGAAGACUAAAGUCAUAAAGAUUCUAGUGGACAUGUAUCCAAGUAUCAUAAUUUCACCUCCUGCUGAUAAAACAAAAACAUCAAUCUAUCAAUAGAAAUCCAGUUUUAUAUUUACCUUCAUUGAUGUUGACCACACAUAAGCUAACUUGCUGUUGAGAUUAAAAAAGGUUU